CACGUAAUGAUUGUAGAAUGAUAAAAAUCGACAGCAAUGUCGGAUCUUAAAGCAAGCUUGCAGAUAAAGGCUUUUCUAACUGGAUCAAAGCAAAUCUUGCGAUAUCUGUCACCAAAGCUGGUUUGGAAGAUUCCGUAUGUACCAAACUUCAAACUAUUCACCGCGGUAUUUUAAAUGAUAUACGAACGGACGAUCAGAAACACAACAACAUCUUUUGUUAUGGUUGCUCAACACAGUCUAUAAUUCGCUGCUCGAGAAUACAUCCAUGCAAUCGGGUGGGCAAGAUAUGUCCGUUCCAUAAACAAACACAAUAUCGAAAAUGUCGAAACGAAAUUUGUGAUAAAAUCAGAGACACAAUAGUACAAGCUCAUAUACAUCAAACACCGUCAUGGAAAAAUACUCGGGCGGAGGCGUGGUGUAAAUCUUAUUGGGAGUAUGCAAAAUGCUUUAUGCCCUCAGAUGGAUACUCUGACAAGAACUCAUUUUCUGAAACAGACUUCAAUGGAAUCAUUAAUAUAGUGAUACAUCAUUCCGCAUUUUGUGAUGAGAUCGACGGUAGUGUCUGUAAAAAAGCGCGAAGUAUUGUGAAUGGUAUAAGACAUAAUUCAGACCUUUCAGUCGGUGACCAGCAGCUUGAAGACAUAGUUACCCUGCUUAAGCAAUUACUGUCAUGUUGUGAAGAAUUCAAGAACAGUUCUCAGGCAGCGCAAGCAAUACUGAAACUAGAAAAUUUGAAGGAUGAUACACUUUCUGUCACGGAGGGGGAUGUAAAACAGUGUCUCCAAAAUCAAUAUGAUGAUCUUGUAAAAGACUUUAAAGCUGACCUGAUACAGUUUAAUAAAGAUCAACUUGGAACAACACCUAUAUCACCGGUAUUAGAAGAGGUUGACAGCCCGCUUCUGGAACUAUACGUACCGACGAUAAUUGCUAGGGUCCAGCCAGGCGUUACAGACCAGAGAACAACUCCUGUGGCAACGCUGAAGGACGUAUUUUUCGGUCGCAAAGAUCGUUAUAGGGAAAUUUAUUUAUGCGCCGACACAGGCCUAGGAAAGACAGUAUAUGGAAAACGACUUGCAUUGAUGUGGAGCCAAGCCAACGAACCGGAUCAAAAUGAAUGUAACAUCACCCUUGAGGAAAUAGAUGUAAUGAAAAGUUUUGAUUUUGUGUUUUUCAUUUCCUUGAAAGAGUCUGAUCAGAUACAUGUUGACGUUGAUGACAUGAUUGAACAUCAGAUAAUUAGGAAUUUAGCACGAAAGUCAAGCUAUAGGACAGAAUUUAUAGAAAAAGUCUUAACCAAUGAGAACUGUUUGAUUAUCCUAGAUGGUCUUGAUGAAUGGUCACAUGCCAAAGAACAUAUCCCUCAUAGAAAAUCAAGACAAACUUGCACGUUCUUCACGACGACAAGGCCAUGGAAAUUUACCAUCGCCAAGAUCAAACAAAGUAAAAUAGAUCAACAACUUGAAAUGAGAGGGAUCGACACUGUCGGGAAACAGAAAUUGUUGUCAAUUGUAAUGAAAAACUUAAUGGGUAAUGAAGUGGAUUGUGAGUCAGUCACUCAAUUAAAAGACUUUGAAACAGAAGUUAAAAAGAGGAAAAUUGUGGAAUUCGAGACCAGUCCAAUGUUGUUACUCUAUCUGAUAUGUCUUUGGCUCGACGAAAAGCCACUUGGCGACUCUCGCUGUAGUCUGUAUAGUAAUAUUGUUGAAAUGUUGCUACAAAAAUUUGCAGCAAAGCAGCCAAUAUUACCAACAUUUGCGGAAGGAAAAAUUAGCAUACCAGAAUGUUUCAAAAGAAACGAACAAUGUUGCAAAUACUUCACAUUCGUCGAUGCUUUAUCAUAUCUUGCUUUUAUAACUCUGUUUAACCAACAUAUUGAAAAUAAGUAUGUAUUUGCAGAUACGAUAGCAAAGAAAAACAUGCCUGGGAAGUAUAUAGAAUUUUGGUUAAAAACCGGUAUCUUAACACAAAUCAAAGGUCGGAAAAGACUCACGACACACGACAUUAGGGUGUCGUUCAUUCAUAAAACCUUUCAUGAGUUUUUCGCAGCUUUGCAUCUUGCACUUAGCGAACCAGAAGAUGUAACAGACGUUGUGGAAAAGGUGUGCCCAGACAUGAACUCGGUUCUUCAAAAUGCAAGUUUUCUAGAAUUUCUCUGUGGUCUUAGUCCAGCUACUGGCAGUAGAAUAUUAAACAGUUUGGUCGCACGUCAAGCAACAGAUAAAUUCACACAAAGGCUUCGGAACAACACCUAUGCUUUCCUUGACUACUGGGAAAUCUGUGAUUUAAAACAGGACUUCCAGGAUAUGAUGGUAGCCUGUGUGAAUGAAUCUAAAGACAAUAGUCAUAUUCCUAAUUAUCGUUUAGAAGAUAUAUUUCUGAAUUUUGACAGUGAACCAGAGAAGCGCUACGUUGACGCUUUGUGUGAUUUGGUUGAACACAAAAAUGUUAAAUCAAUCAAAUUUGGUCGAUCUCUUGUCCCUGGAGAAGUGCAUGAAUUAUGCAAAAUCCUGAAUGUACAAGGCAUGACAUGUCUACAGAAACUUGAUCUUUGGGGUCAUCCAGACAAAAAAGAUGUAGAGAUUCUACUUGAGACAUCCCCUAAAACGCUGAAGUGCCUUCUUCUUCACGGAUGCGAAAUGAUAGGAUAUAGGGAAUAUGAAAAGCACAUAGAGAUAUCAGAAGCAAGUUUCGAUUCACUUCAGACUUUGGACAUUCUCGACAGCAUAGACGUGUACUGCAUCAAACUCAAACAUGAUCUGAUACGAAAACUAUUCAAAUGGUUAGAAGAGAGAAAAUAUAUGAAACAAAUUAAGAUUGCUCGCGUAAAAUGCUUGGACCAUCUUAAUUACCGGUGUAAUUCCAGCGAUCACAUAUUCGAUCUGUCAGGACACGGUCAUCUUGACAUCGUUGGACUUGGAGACAUGUGCGUUGCUGAUGUCAAGGUCAACUCGUUAGCUUUACAGGAAUUCUGGGCAGAAUGUAGUGAGUCCAUUGUCACAUCCUUCUUGACCAGCUAUGCUCCGUUGGCUGCGAACCUACACACAUUUGUUGUCGAGUUCAUUGAUUCGACAGCAGUGGUGGAACACAUUUUGGACACGUUGCCACAUUUGGAUAGUCUUUGUCAUCUUCAGCUGAAAGGUAUGGAUCUGCAAGAAAGGGAACUGAUAUUGACAAAUCAGCACACAGUUAGGCAUAUACGACUGAUAGAAAUGAAAAUGGAAAGUAGAGCACUGAGAAACUUAAUUGAAAAGUUAGAGACAUAUAGUAAUUCUGUCACUGUAGAAAUGGCGUCAUGCAUCGUACGACAAGAUAAAGGCGAUGAGAGUAUCUGUUUUGAGAAGAUAAGAGAUAAGAUUCUGUUGUCAGAAAAACAUUUUACUGUAAUUGCAAACUUGAGAUGUUCUGGACAUUUUAAUGCUUUUGCAUUUAGGACAGUUCGUGGUAAAUAGAGUCUAGCUCUUUGCAACUAGAUUUCAUUGUAGUCAUAAGGGAAGUAAAUGACAUUUUAAAGGGAAUACAAUAAAUAAGUAGAAUAUUUGCAGUCAUCGAGUAAAAACGUUUUUCUAUGUCAAAAUAGGUAUCAAACUAGUCACAGAAUCCUGCAUUAUCUUGACACGUGUCCUUCUUUCCGUCUUUUGGACUCGGUGUUACGUGUUCUAGUCCUUCGGGAUUAUGGAGUCUACUAAUUGUAUUCUGCUUAAAACAGGACAUGAAGGUUGUAGCAAAUUUCCUUUUUUAUGAACAGAUUCAAUCAAACCGAGUCUGACAUUAUUUUGUGUGGUUGAGUUCUGUGCUUCCAAACGGUUUGCUUAGGUUUUGUUAAUUUUCACAGCAGGAGUUUUUAAGUGCCAUGCUACGUUUAUAAGUAGUGUCUACAUGCUCUGAUACAAUCAAAGCCAGUCUUCAUAUUUGGCUUAGUUGUAGUAUCUGUGUCCAAAGAAUCGUCUUAAAAGUUUGCUUUCUAAAUGACAAUUGAGAAUAAAUUGUGAAAACUUUAUCACUAAAGACUCUGGUGUUUAGGGUACAAAAUGUAGCAGACAACAUUUAACAUGAUACAAUUCUAAUAAUAAAAUGAUGUAAGUGCAAUACCUGUUUUUGUUUAAAUUCAUAUAAUAUUAUGUUAAGAACAUAUAAAAUAUACGUAUACAUGUACAACAACGAAUGUGUGAUAUGUACUUUUGUUAAUAUGAAAUAUAUUGCUUACAUUUUACGGAAGCGUUAUAUGUUUUCGGACGUGCAUUUCGGCAAAAUUCCUUAGUGUUUUUUGCGCAUUUGUAUAUUUGUAUCUUAUUGUUUGUAUCCUUUGAUAUCUCAAUAAGCACUGAUCAUAUAUAUUUGAUUGUUCAGUAGAAACAUCUCGUCGAUGAAAGGGGUCCAAUUCAUUACUUAGCUCAAAAUGGAGAGCGCAGAUGUCGCGAGUUCGAGCCCUGAGCGAGGCGUUAGAUCUCCUUGACGAUUUGUUAAAAAACAUUGUGCCUUAAAUCAUUCGUAUCAGGAAGUUGGCAGUUACAUGCAGAGAACAGUUUCUACCGGCACAGAAUCCAGCAACACUGGUUCAACCAGAACCUUAAGAUGAUCAUGAUGUGUCCUUAAAAUGGUUUGCCGUUAAAUAAAAUUCCCAUGCCUUAUGAUUUCAAGUUUUGUCACUAAGUCUAAUUCUUCCUUCCAACUCCUCUUUUGCGUUUCCAUCUUAUACAUAUUAUUGCACUUAUAUUUACCAACUGAAAUAUUGUUGAAAAACGGCGAUAAACCUAAAACAAACAAAAACAAAAGCAUAAUCCAUCCACUUAUUCAACAAUUAUUGAAUUGAUUAAUGGUGUAAAUAAACGUUUUGA